AGACUUUGAGUUAUUAUGUGUUGAAUAAAGGCUAUCUUUGUUGCCAUUGGUCAGAAUAAUGUGGUCAAUCCAUCACCGUCGAUUCAUCCGCGUCUCUUAACUCAAAAUCCAAACGAAAUUACAAAUUCAGGCAAUUUCGACAAAACGAGAGUAGUUUCUACGUAAAGCGACGCUUUUUAAGUGUGAGAAGGAAAAACCAUAAUGACUUCCCGGCGACGAGUUCCGUCAACGUCGAACGGCGGAACUACACCGUCGAACAAAUCCCAAAUCGACGCAUCUCAAACACAAUCUUCAUCAUCAAUUGAAGAACCAAAGAUCACAAUUUCAGCUUCGAAAUGGACCAAAAUCAUCAUACUUUCUUCUCUUUUAUUGCUUCCUUAUGCUUACCUUCUCUUCUUUCACUUUAAAAUUGAUGAAGAACUUAAGCGAUCUAUUCUCAUCAAUGGUGCUCUUAGUUUUGCUGGUUUUCUGUUAACUGUGAGAUUGAUUCCUGUGGCUUCUCGUUAUGUAAUUCGUCGAAAUUUGUUUGGGUUUGAUAUUAACAAGAAAGGCACUCCUCAAGGCAAUGUUAAAGUACCCGAGUCUUUGGGUAUAGUUGUGGGAAUUGUCUUUCUGGUUGUGGCAAUAUUGUUUCAACAUUUCAACUUCACUGCCGAUUCCGUUUGGCUAGUUGAGUAUAAUGCAGCUUUGGCAUCCAUCUGCUUCAUGAUUUUGCUUGGAUUUGUGGACGAUGUUCUUGAUGUCCCAUGGAGGGUGAAAUUAGUCUUGCCUUCUUUUGCUGCUCUUCCUCUGUUGAUGGCUUAUGCUGGUCAUACUACCAUUGUAAUCCCAAAGCCUCUUAUUCCAUAUGUUGGACUGGAGGUGUUAGACCUAGGUUGGAUAUAUAAAUUGUAUAUGGGCCUUUUGGCAGUGUUCUGCACCAAUUCUAUCAAUAUUCAUGCUGGUAUUAAUGGUCUUGAAGUUGGGCAGACAGUUGUCAUUGCAGCUGCUAUUCUUAUACAUAAUAUUAUGCAAAUCGGAGCAUCUACGGACCCGGACUAUCAGCAAGCUCAUGCAUUCUCUAUUUAUCUUGUACAACCUUUGUGCGCUACUUCUUUGGCUUUACUCUCUUACAACUGGUAUCCUUCUUCAGUGUUUGUGGGGGACACAUACACAUACUUUGCGGGAAUGACAAUGGCUGUAGUUGGCAUUUUGGGUCACUACAGCGAAACACUAUUGAUUUUCUUUGCUCCUCAAGUCUUGAAUUUCCUCUUGUCACUUCCCCAGCUUGCUGGAAUUAUUCCUUGUCCUCGGCAUCGUCUCCCAAGAUUUGACUCUAAAACAGGACUGUUAACAGGGACAAAGGAUGGGACGCUAGUGAACUUCUCUUUAAGAUUGUUCGGAAGGAUGUCUGAGCAAUCGCUUUGCAUUGUUCUUCUUUCUCUCCAGGCUCUAGCUUGCGGUUUUUGUUUCUUACUGCGGUGGCUCCUUGCCGGUUGGUACAAGUAAGCGGUUUUAGAGAAUUAUUGAAACGAGUCCAACAGAUAAUCAGUGUCUUUAUCGCACAAGGAGGUGAUGCAUCGUGUGUCUUCCCCUUGGAAGGACGUCUAAUUUGUUGCCGAGCCAGACUGGAGAAUUAGGCGAGAAUGGAGUUUACGUUCUUAAAUUAACAUUGAUAGUGUGAGGGAAUGCAUGCAUUGAUGCUGCAUUGUAACAUCAACUACAGGUUGAAGUUCAAGAAUUCUAUGUUUUUCUUGGGGAAUGAGUGUUCAAAGAAACAAUUUUUAUACAAUUUUGCCAAAACAAAAGAUGAGUAGUGGAAACUAUUUGUUGUGGUUUUGAAGUUUCAGAAA